AUGCCUCGAGCAUCGACUUAUACUCCUUAUAUGCAGAGUAAUACGGGUUGGUUACAAAAUACUCAACAACCAAGUAACUCUCAAUCAGAACAAACAAAUACCCUUCCAAAUUCGCAAACAAACACCGUUCAAUCUGUACCUACUCAGGAUUCUUUUCUAUCUGACGUUCCUCAAAGUAUUUAUUCUGAAUAUUCUACGCUAGAUAUUUCGCCUACGAUUCCAACAAUUCAAGAGUCGAUCGAAUUAACUUCACAUACACCCGAAAGUGUUCUUUACAGAGGUUCCUCACCAGGGGUUGAACAUACAACUUCUAAUUAUAUCCGUAUUGAUCUAAACUCACCGCCUAUACCUCGAAGUCCAAGUAAUCAAACACCACAAAAACCUGAUUCACAGACUGAUUCACUUUCUUUGGAAUCUCGAACCAGUUUAAAUAAUUGUGAGCUAAUAAAUGAAAGUUCAAUAGCUUUAUCUUUAGAAGGUUUAAGUGAUCCUAUUUUAAGCGAAAUUACUGAUUCGAUUUUAUUGCAACAAACUCAAUCAGAUCACAUGGGUCGAAAAACUACUAAAGUUGAAGAAAAUAAGGCGCAAAAUCUUGGUAAUUCUAUAACGGAACAAGAAUUUUCGACACCAAUUACAGAUGCAGAAAAUCAUGAUAUUAGUGGUGAACUUAGAGAUUUAAUAACGACAUCGAAUAUGAUACUUGAAAGUGUAAAGAGUCACGAAGUUGAUGAAAUGAAAAAUAUAGAAUAUUUAGAACAAGAGGGUGAUAAGUCUUCUACACAACCUCACGAAGUAUCUCAGCCAGAUCUAUCAGAACUCGAGUGCGAUCGGGAAUAUUCUGUAAUUAUAGAGAAUGAG